UGGCAGACAGCGCAGGUCAGUAGCUGAGUGAGUGCUGUUAAUGGGAGGAGGGGUGUCUGCUAAGAUAAUAUAUUUGUCUCCGGCGACCUGCUCUGAAAAUACAGAAGAACAAUAAAAUCAGCGAACGAAGCUAAGGUAGUAUGGGAAAUCUGUGAGCUACACGCGAACGGACGCUGGUUCAGAAACGUCUCAGACAUUGUUUUGGAGGCCUGUUGCUAACUACGGGAAAUCCUCGGGCUAGCCCGGUAGACACCGGGCCGAGAGAGCGCAGGGGAACGGGACUGGAGCUCCGUGUGCUGGUUUGAUCAGUCGGGUUUUACUGACGCUAGCUGCUCUGUCUUAUUAUCAAACGAAGACGUGACCUCACCUGCUCCUCCUUGGCGGAUAUAAAUCAGCGGAACUGAAAACGUUUUCAGUGUGACAGCUAGCUAACAUUAGCUCUCCUGUGUUUACAAGCUAACUCAGCCGAGAUCCUCUGAAGAAGUAGGCACUUGGGUGUACUUGUUUCAUUAAGCAGUUAAGUAUUCGGCUCCUGUCACCUGCCUACUCGCUGGUGGUGAUUUGGAAGCUUGUUCGACUUCUGUAUGCGCCGACCUAUGGUCGCCAGCCCUACAGCUAGAUCAAAAGGUCUCCUUGCUAAGGUUAUCACAUCUUCAGGCUUAUCUACUGCAGCUCAAAGUUUGUUACCUGGUUGGAUUGCAUGAGCAAGCCUAGCUGCAUUGUUUCUACUGUCCUAAGCUCUUUGAAUGUUACAGAAAGUUCGCUAUAUCGUCCAGGUUUAAGGACACGUAUUGAUUAUUAACACUAACAGACUGGACCUGGAGGAAUAGACCUGUACUGAGUAGAUUACCAAAGCUAUCUUUACCCAGCUGAGAGACAGUUUCCCGGAUGAAGGCUCACAGAAAAGUGUGGAUUUGGAUGCUGUCAGGACUUACAGGUGUCUCCUGUUCUGCUUGGCAUUAUUAAUCUCACACACGCAUCCAACAUCUGCUGCACCAGAAGCAACCAAUCUGCUGUUUCUCUCUCUUGAGCUGAUUUGCUCAAGAAGGAUCCUCUUCAUAACAGACCAAAAUGAAUCGUUACCUCCCGGUGGCACGGCAGCACUUCCUGGCUGCCCUUGCCAGCACCAGUGUGGUGGUAAAAAGUAUAAGUGCUGUGGUGGUACUCCUUUAUCUGUUGUCAUGGGCUGUCAACACUCCAUACGCACUGGGGGUGACCCCAGGUUUCCUCUUUCCACCUAACUUCUGGGUGUGGACUCUGGUGACCCACGGGGUGGUGGAGCAGCAUGUCUGGGGUGUGGCAGCCAAUGUGGGGACUGUUAUGGCCUGUGGGCGCCUGCUGGAGCCUUUGUGGGGCGCUCUGGAGCUCCUGAUCUUUUUCGCAGUGGUUAAUGUGUCUGCAGGCCUCCUGGCAGGCCUCUCCUACCUCCUCACCUAUGUGGCCACCUUUGACCUGGACUUCCUGUUUGCCGUGCGUGUCCAUGGAGCAGCCGGGUUCCUGGGAGGUGUCCUGGUGGCACUAAAGCAGACCAUGGGGGAUACUACAGUGCUCAGAGUGCCACAGGUGAGACUCAAAGCAGCGCCGGCUUUGGUCCUCCUCCUCCUGGCCUUACUGCGCCUCUCCGGGCUGCUCGACAGCUCUGCACCGCUGGCUGCGUACAGCUACGGCGCCCUGUCCGGCUGGGUCUACCUUCGCUUCUACCAGAGGCACAGCCGGGGCCGCGGGGACAUGUCAGACCACUUUGCCUUUGCAAGUUUCUUCCCUGAGGCACUGCAGCCAGCUGUGGGGCUGCUGGCAGGGCUGGUCCACUCCGCCCUGGUGAAGAUAAAGGUGUGCAGGAAGAUGGUGAAGAGAUACGACGUGGGGGCUCCCUCCUCCAUCACGAUCACCCUGCCAGGGACCGACCCACAGGACGCCGAGAGGAGGAGACAACUGGCUCUCAAAGCUCUCAACGAACGUCUAAAGCGCGUGGAGGACCAGUCGGCUUGGCCCAGCAUGGACGACGAAGAAGACGAGGACGAGGACGAGGUCAGAACUGACACACAGCCACUCCUCUCAGGCGGGCGGGACCCCUCCUCCUCCACGUUGAGACCAGCGGGAGGAUCUGUCGGCGUCUCACUCACCUCCACCUCCUCAUCCUCGAUGUCACAGAGCGGUGGAGCACCAUCCACAGGUGGAGCACAACACCCAGAGUCCAGCAUUAUCAGCUUCGAGGACGCACCUUCUAGAUCGUAACAAAAAGAACGCACCUGUACAGAUGCGCACGCUCUGUUCGGUGUCACUGGCGAGUACUAGCAUUCAGCGUCUCUGGCUAGUAUACUAAUAUAUACAGUGACGGCGAUUAGGCAUACACUCAGCAUCACACACACCAAAACACACACAACAUCUUUGACCAGUUCAUACACACAACCGUGCGCUCACGAGCACCCUGUCAAUGUCAGCGUGAAGCCCAAAAGGGUGGUAACUGUACAGUGCUUUCAGUUCAGACAUUUUGGUUGUAAAUGCUCAGUGUAGUUGGGCAAAUUGGACACUUAAUUCUUCUCUUCCUUUCUGCAUACAGCGAAAGUCAACCAGAAAUUCUGUCGUGUCUAGACAUAAUCCCAACUUUCAGAGCUCUGUCCACUGCUUCAUGUGUCUCCUUCUCUUGGUUUCUAAAUAAAUAACAAAAUGGGUGUACAAUAUUCUUUUCGUAAGUCAUUUUCAGAGCAGCCAUAACCGUUCUCUUGAUUGCCUGCUACAAAAAAGCUGUCAGUGACAGAGGCUCACGCUGAAUGCUUGAUUCUUGAUGAAAGGCCGACUCUCUGCUCACCGGUAUGAUAAGUGCUAAAAAGAAAAAAAUGGCUGCAAGUGACAUAAGCUUUUGGUUCACCGGUUCCACAUAUGUAACCAGGUGUGUAACAGAGGACGUAUGAAAAGCAUGCGCUCACCGCCAGCUGCUGGACCAGAGGAAAGAAGCUGCUGAUGAACUGUGAUACAAAACUUCAAGAUCUGAAGAAGUGUCAGGUGAAAGAAUUUUCUGGACCAGGUCCAUUUGCCACCUGGUGUCUCUGGUACAGCAGGCAGAGAAAUGGACCGUGCGUGUACCCUUUUUUUUUUUUUUUUUUGUUCCCCAGAUUGUCGCUCAGUGGACAACAAUUCGGUAUUUUUUAUUUUUUCCUUUUGGGUCUGUUCAUGACUAAAUGAAAUCAACAAGACAAACAAACUUUGUUUCCGUGCACUAACAACACGUUAAUGGUGUUACUCUCACACAGAGAUCUGUGGAUGAUGAUUAUGGUUCUUCUUGUUUAAGAGUUAUGAGUUCGUUAGAUUUUUAGGUCGAUAUCAGGCCAAAUCCUGGAGCAGCACCCUACACCUUUUUACACUUCCACCUUGUAGGGUCUGAAAUGAUACGAGAACCAGCAAUAGCUAUUCAGUUAUGUGAGUGUUUAUGAAAUGAGAGAAGUGGUCAAUGUCUGUCAUGGUUGCAUUAGUCUUUUAAUACCAUUACAAAUGCAAAGGAGGGAUUAAGUGCAGGGGAAGGGUAGAGAUUAGCCUUAUUGGGCAUACACAGACCGUGCAGGUAUUUUUGUGAUUUAAUUCUCAAUGAUUCAGUUGAGUUGCAGAUUCAGAGGUUGUAUCUGUGAUGUGUCAGACACAGACUCGAGAGGGUAAAUGUCAUAGACGGAGGAUGCCUGCAUUGAUCAGUAGUCAGUCUGUCACAGGUUUCCCAGUCACAUUGUUCCCACUGGUAACAUCUUACAUUUCUAAAAUCACAGUGCUUAGCCUGAGGGCAGUGGUUAAUAAUUUUCUAGGGAGCUUGACGGGCAGCUAGAUUGUUUAAUCUAAAUAAAUAAAUACAAUGCAGACCAAAAGGUCAGCGAUUCAUUCACGUUGUAGACCAUCAUCACUGAGGUGUCGCAUUCCAUUAUGGGAGCGGUCAAAUCAGUGAAUUCCCAAUUUCACACCUGUCCUUGUUGAUUAAAGUCAAUUGCAGCUAGUAAAUAAUUUCAGCUAUUGCGAUCACAAUGAUGACAAAGUGAAACAUUACUUUUAAACAUACGCUUGUGACCACAAGUAUGAAAAUGUCUCCAAUUUAAAUGAGAAUUUCCAAGUAGUUAAGAAAGUGAACUGUCUGUGGAAAUGUCACUUAAAUUUUUGACAGCUUUCUUGGGAAAACAAGCUCAGUAAAUCAGCCUGCAGAUUGUUCCUGAUCUGACAGCUGUUGUAUCUGUGCUGGGAACCAAUGCCUUUCACAUUUCUGAGACUAAAGAAGCCGAUUCAUUUGGUCACUGCUGUUUUGGUUCCAUACACAGGUCUGAAAAGCUCAGAGAAGCAUUGCAAAAUGAGGAACUCAAAAUUUUUUGGAACUACACAAAAUGAUUGGAUUAAAUAAAGAAACAUGCCAUUACAUGUUUAAUUCUGAUUUAUAGUAGUUCUUAUUUUUCCUAUUUAAUAUUCUCGUGUUUUGUAAAGAAUAAUCUUCCCUUACUGAUUAUUUCGCACUGAUUUAGUGAGUGUACAUUAUAUUGAAAACCAAAAUCAUCAAAUCAAACUUAACGAAAGACACAGCAGGUUAUUUAUGACCUUCAUGGCCUCCAUCAUUAACCAGCUUGAAUUGCUUUAACAUCAGCAAAACUUAAUCUCCUCCUCCUGUCCACCGAGCAGUAAUGGCCUGUGAUUUGCAAAAACAUAGUGACAGUUCACACUGGAUGAGGGAGAGCUAGAGAGACAGCCAACAGAAAUAUCCUGCAUCCAGAAGACCUUAAAAAUCAAGCUAUUUAAUUUAAAUAUACUAACAUUUGAAACUGGCAAUGUUCCAAAACCAUCCACAGAAAUCUGAGCACCCAGUAAAAUUAAGUACCAUGUAUCAAAUUGCCAUGUAAAAAUAGAAAACCUCUAUUCACAUGUUUGGGAAAUAGUGGAUUUUGUUAAAUCGGGGACAAAAAUGUAAAACUGCAGAGUUAUGUAAGACUGAUUACUGAUCAGCUUGGGCUUUUCUCUGAGAGGUUCUGUGGACGCAUUCAGCCAGCAGGCUCUGUCUCAGUGUCUGGAGCUGAACUUGGCUGACACGUGUAAAGCUGUGGAAGAACUAAAAAGAUAUAUAGCGACCCUGAAAUGAUGUACAUGCAUCUGUAUUGUUGCCAGUUUAGCCAAAUGUGCUCCUGGGAAAACACUGACCCUGCCUGAUGAAUUGAAGUAAAAGAUCACAUCCACAGUCUGUUAUUCAAAGUUGCAAUGGCGUCAUUUUGUCCCCCCUGGACUUCAUCAUGCUUAUGUUCUAAUCUAGGAGCAUGUUCCAGAUUAAAACAUUAUCAUAUACUGCAAAUUCAGAUUAAAUAUGUAGUGUUUGAGUUUCAACUCUUGAAGUCCAAGCAAUGAGAAACGGUCACUUUGAAACGUGAUAUAAGGGAAGUGAUAAGCCAUACAAGUGUGAUGAAAUUCUGUGUGUUCUAUCCUGUGUUUCUCCUUGUUCUUUCUGCUCGUUUCAGUGUGCUCUUAUUUUGGCAAACAGAUGUUUACGUCGUAUGAGUGGGGGCCAUUCUUUAAUGAAAUAUGAAUGAAUGGUAGUAUUUACACGGAUGAAUGGACACAGGGAUGAGAGACGUGUCUUUCAGAUCAGAGUUGACUCAAAUCCAGCUGCAACGGGGAGACGGUUGAGCUACAGUCAAAAAUCUGAAAUCUCAAACUGCUUUCUACUUUCAUCGAAAAUAUUCACAGUAGAAAUACAUCUGCCUAUACAUAUAGUAAUUAAUGAUAGUAACAGUGCAGUCACAGUUUUAUAUUGUCCUCAUACACUUUACAUGCAAGUUACUCUGGAAAUGGCAUGAGGUUUGUUUUUUUUUUUGUUUUUUUUAGCUUAGCUGCUGGAACAACUCAGCUUGCAUCACAAUAAAUAUCAGCAAUGCAGAAAAACACAUUCUAACAUGGAAGCCUGCAGAUAACUGUGAAGUUGUGUAAUAUGGUCAAGUUGUGUAAUGUGAUCUGUGAAAAGGCGUAGAAACGUUGUAGCUGGCAGCCUGAGGUUUUAGAUUGAGCCUGGCUAAUCUGACUUUCGGCCAAUCCUCCACUCUCCAUUCCUGUUCUCCUGUCCUCCUUAUUUUUUAUUUUUUGUUCAUCUCUGUAUUCCCAUUUGUUCUGGCUCUAAACAUCCUCAAAGAAGAGAUAGGUAUGCAAUCACAUACUGUCUGUAUGAAUAAUACCAAUGUAUAAUUGGUGUAGACAAAGUAGGGAAAGCUACAGGUGAGGAUAAUGAAUGAUGUCAGUGAUGUUCACAAGCAGUGGCCUCGAACUACAUUGGCCAAUGAACAUGCUCCAAAAUGCUAUCAGUUUGGUGACAUACACUGUUAAUACGUGUAUUUUCCUGUAUACCAGUAACUUGUCAUAAUUGCAGAUUUCCCACAGGCAGGUAGACUUUUUUUUUUGUUUUGUUUUUUCAAGUCUAAUUGGUAAAAUACUGACUUCCUGCCCUAAGAUGAAAGACAGAUUACAGAUGAUACUGCUCUGUUUUAUUGUCCUGUUGGCAAAGCUGGACAUUCACAACAUUUUUCUUUUUUUUUUUUUUUUAAUAGUUUUCACUAGUUUAAUUUUCCUUAUGCCUACUUUUGCACCAACAGAUCUCAUUCACACUAAUGACAGUCUCUUUGUUUCUGUAUACUGUGGCUGUUCCACAGACUUUUCUGUUUUAGUUUUCAGAUAUAUUUCUUUAUCUCUAUAUGAAAUAAAAGACGAUUGUA